GCGACACGGCUCCUGGCCGGGCACUGCCAAGGGCGGCGGGGAGCCCGGGGGCGCCUCUCCUGGGUACCAGCCCUCCAGGUCACACCGCACAGCCCAGCCAAAAGCCACGCUGCCCCAUCCGCAGGCCAGCCGCUGAAGUCCGGCGUGGAGCAGGCCACAAAACCCUCCUAACCUCCCACAGCCAGCGAAGCCUCGGCCCAGAUUAGGGGCAGAGAGGCGGGCGGGGCGCGGCGGAAGAGGCGGAGGAUACGUCGUUUCCCCGGCGGAAGGAGGGUUGCGAUCGUUCCCCGCCGGCCUCCGAGAAAAGCCAGUGGUCCCCCGCGGCCUCACUAUGGAGGAGAGCAGUGGUUUCCGUUUGUCGGCUGAGUGCCUGGAUGAGCCGCCCAACAGCCGCAUCUUCGUGGUGCUGGGCAAGGACACCGGGGAGGCACUGAUCCGGGAGCGCUUCUCGCCCUUCGGGGACAUCCAGAACAUCUGGCUGCUGCGUGACAAGCGCACCAAUGAGUCCCGCGGCAUCGCCUUCAUCAAGUUCGCCCGCAGCUCGCAGGCCUGCAAGGCCAUGGAGGAGAUGCACGGCCGCAGCCUGGCCCCCGACACCAAGCCCAUCAAGGUAUUUAUCGCACAGUCAAGAGCUUCUGGAAGCCACCGAGACGUUGAAGAUGAGGAGCUUACGCGAAUCUUUGUUAUGAUACCAAAAACCUAUACGGAGGAAGAUCUGCGAGAGAAAUUUAAGAUGUAUGGAGACAUUGAAUAUUGCAGCAUUAUUAAAAACAAGACUACUGGAGAAAGUAAAGGUUUGGGCUACGUGAGGUAUUUAAAACCAUCGCAAGCUGCCCGAGCAAUUGAAGAGUGUGACCGAAGCUUCAGGGCCAUUUUGGCUGAACCUAAAAAUAAGUCAUCAGAGUCUUUCGAACAUGAUUAUUACUGUAAUAACAUGAGGCAAGACAUUAGAGGAAAUACGCUUCAGUUUUGUGGGCAGCCAGAGUUUUGUAGUUUUGAAAAAAACGAGAGCAGAAUUCAAGAGUCAGUCUCCAAACGUCUGUCAGUGUUAUCGCGGCUUCCCUUUAUCCAAGAGCAGCUGUUCGCCCUCUUUGAUCUAGUCCCAGGACUGGAGUAUUGUGAUGUUCAGCGCGAUCCUCAUACAAAUAGUGGUUACGCUGUGAUUCAGUACAGUACUGCUGCAUCAGCUAUAUAUGCCAAGUAUAAACUACAUGGUUUUGAGUAUCCUCCUGGAAAUCGAUUAACUGUAACUUUCCUAGAAGAUGGGAAUGAUAGCUCAGACCUUAUCAGAAAAAUGGCAACGCAGCUGGUAACGGCACAGGUGUCAUCAGUGUUGCGGAACAGCAAUGCAGUUGUUCAGCAGUAUAGGACACCUCCUCAGGUGUUUGGAGGAGCUUCUGGCCCACAGUUACUUCAGCCCCAGACAGAUGCCGUACUUCCACCAAUCAAAAAAAAAGUUCCACCUGACACUUCCGUGAAGGAAAGGCUUUUCGUACUUUUUCAUCCUCAUCCUUUACCUGUAAAUGUAUUGGAGGAUGUGUUCUGUAUACUCAUGAAGAAAAAGACAUUUCCUUCUUGUAAUAGCUGACAUUUGCGAUACAUCAUUGGAAAGCCGAAGUAUUUUCAAAGCACUGGGAGGCGAAAGAAACAAUAUGCAUCUGUGUGGAAAACUACUUAUUUGAUACACUGGAUUUUCUUAAUCAGAUGCUGGAGAAGAAAAAGACUAUGCAUGCUAGUCUUGACACUUACAGGACUUCAGUAUGGACCAAGUGGACUUUAUUUUUUAAAAACAGUUUUUAAGGAACUGUGGGAAUCUCCUGAGGACUGGAAAUCUGGGGGUUUCCCUCAAGCUUCAGCUCUUGCUUUGAGUCAUUUCAGUGAGACCUUUUUGAAGAUGAGUCAUAACUGAACAAGUUCAUUAAAGUUUAGCCUCUGAAUUAUCUGCUGGUUUAUGUGUGUGUAUGUUCUUUAUGGUUCAUUUGUUGUUGUUUUGUGUGUGUGUGUUGUGGGUUUGUUUUUGUUUGUUUGUUUGUUUGUUUUUGUGGCUUUUUGUUGUUGUUUUUUGUGGGUUUUUUUUAAAUGCCACUUACUGUUUGGGGACUAUGGUAUUGUUUGGUUUUACAUAUUCUUUUAAAUGAGAUAAAUCACUGGUGCUUGUGGUUAUGUUGUGAUAUUCCAUAGAAAACAUUGCCUACAAACUUCUGGUUUACUUCUAUUCCUGCCUGGAAUUCUAGAAAAGGAAAUAUGAAAAUUGGGAAUUCUGGAAGAGGGCAGCACAAGAAAGUAUAGCAUACAUAUGAGAAUACAGUUUUUGCAGUUACCUAUUAUCCAAUCUGAAGUAUAUAUGAUUUGGUAUCUAUGUUACGGCAAAACCUGUAAACUAUUUUUUUUUUCCCUCCCCAGUCGUUUUGGAAACUUGAUAAAAGUUUAUCUUGUGGCUGGAAAAAAUGUGGCCUAUGCAAAAUUUGCAGAUAGAGCAAGUGCCAGCGAUGCCAUAACUGCAUUACACGGCAAGAUUGUAAAUGGUGUCAGGCUAAAAGUCAGGCUGGCAGACUCGCUGACAGAAGAAUCCAACAAACGUCAGAGAACUUACUGAGCGGGUGAGUACCCAGUCUGUGCUGUUACUUAAACUGGAGUUCAACUACUUGAAAUAGCGACAGGCGGAGUAUUUUGAAGUUAGAUAUCAACAUGUAAUGAUAAACUUUUAAAUCUAUUUUUAGCUAACAACUUGAAAUUUGAUUUGUUAUAUAUUUGUAUACAUAUCUGUGUAUUUAUGGGGGGUGUGUAUGCUUAUAUAUGCAUAUGUACACUUUAUUUUAGUACAAAUCUAUUUUUUAUAAUUUUUGAACAAAUAUGAACCAGUUGAUUAACAUCAGUCUGGACAUUCAUAGAAAUGUUCACUUUAUGUACGUAAGAGUUAACAUUGAAGAGAGUAUGUACAAAUAAACAAUAGAACUGA